GUGGUGGUUCAUGAUAAAGUGCUGUUAAAUAUUGGAGUGUGAGAAGUGAAGCUCAGUGUGUGUGUCGUCUCAGCAGGAGAAACACAACUUUCAGCAUGCUCCUCAUCCUCUUCUUCCUCGUUUCUCAACACUCCAUGGUGACAACCAGCAGUGGUUGCCACAGUGACAGAGACAAAGACCACCGCCUUCGUGUGAGCUGUGUGAAUCAGGGUCUCACCACAGUGCCUGAUGGGAUAGAUCUUAAAACCCAGACACUUGUUCUCUCUCAGAAUGCAUUUGUCUCUCUAUCCUGGGCCACAUACACCAUCUUCACACAACUGCAUGAGUUGGACCUGAGCCAAAACCUGAUCAGCACCAUUGACCAAUCAGGUCCUGUGUUGGAGAACCUGCGUGUGUUGUGGUUGUCUAAUAACACGCUGACUGGUUUGGGCAGGGCUAUAUUUAAGUCCACCCCCUCUCUUACGGAGGUCUAUUUGGAUGGAAAUGCCAUCAGGUCCCUUGACAGUGCGACCUUCAGUAACCUACGAAUACUAGAGGUCAUUGACCUUUCACAUAACAAGCUGUACAUCCUGCCCUCCGACCUGUUGAAGUACAUUUCCUCCACCUACCUGAAGCAUUUUAACCUGCAAGGAAAUAAUAUCCAGCACCUUCCUGACAAAUUUUUUGCUUCAAAACCUGAGCUACCAUAUGUCUUCCUUUCUGAAAAUAACUGGGUUUGCACUUGCCAGGUGGGUUACCUGCAACAGUACCUGGACGAUCAGAGUCAUAACAUUUACGUACACAGUAAACCCUCCACCACCGAGAAUAAACCUGAGAGUGUGACGUGUUCUUCUCCAUCCACACUUAAAGGACGAGCUAUAAUAGACCUGACAGAGGAUGACUACUGCAAUUCAGAUACCAGCUCACAACACCCCAUCCCUCACACAACUCCACUAACGAGUGCACCAACCACAGCAGUGACUGCAAUCAUCAUCCAACCGAAGGUCAUAACAAGAGUUAUCCCAAUAAUGACACCAACAACCAUUCAACCAACUGCACCAAACACUGUUGUGUCUAGUACUACUUCUAUUCCAACUAUAACACCAACAAGCAUUGAAACAACUACACCAAUAAGCACUAUACCAACAACUACUAAAUCAAGUACUACACCAACAACUGUUCAACCAACACCAACAACCACUGAUCCAACAACACCAACAACUUCUACACCAACAACCACUGAUCCAACAACACCAGCAACUUCUACACCAACAACCACUGAUCCAACAACACCAACUUCUAUACCAACAACCACUGAUCCAACAACACCAACAACUUCUACACCAACAACCACUGAUCCAACAACACCAACAACUUCUAUACCAACAACCACUGAUCCAACAACACCAACAACUUCUACACCAACAACCACUGAAAAAACUACAACUAAACAAACAACCAUUCAACCAACUACACCAAAGCCUGCUGAGUCCAAUGCUGCUCCUAUUCCAACUACACUAACAACCAAUAACCCAACAACUAUUAACUUAGUUACCAUGGGGAGACAGCCAGCAGGAGAGAUUUUAUCAGCAUAUGGUGGUGGCCAGCGCUCAGUGCCGUGGUGCUGGUGGUUAUUUAUCACUGUUUUGCUAAUGUGUAUUUUCUCUGCCCUUUUCUCCUGCAUGCUCUUCCUCUGGCUCAUCAUCAUUUACAUCACACUUUACCGACCAAUUAAAAGGCAAGCGCACAGUGGCCAAGGAGUGAUCCUGAGGGCAUACCAAUUCACAGCAGAUGAGUCACUGACAGUGGACAGAACUGAAGAUGAGAGAGUGCUGUUUUUACCCCUGGAGAUGAUACAAGAAACUCAACCAGUGUUCCGUUCUGUGCUGUUCAUCUCAAAAGGAGAUGAGGAUGGUGAAGUGAAUGAGAGAAGAUUGGGAACGAGGAAUGAGGAUGAAGAAAUGAAAAGAGGAACUGAUGUUGUGUCUAAAAUAGACCUGCUGCCGGCAGUGACUCUGCACAGAGAGCAAGAGACGGAAACCAAAGACAGGGAGGAAGUGUUCAGGAAAACUUUAUACAGGAUGAUAAGCCAAGAGGAAGAGAUAGAAGGAUGGAAGGAGGUGGAGGAGAACUGCUGGGGGUUGACAGAGAGAGACAAAGGGAGAAAGGAGAGAGGAGCGGAGAGAGAAAAGACACGGUACAGCUUGAUCCUCAGGGAGAAGAGAGGGAGUGUGAUGGAGGACAGGAAAGGAGAGACAGAGUGGCUGGUGGGUGAGUGGGACAUGAGAGAAGGAGAAAAGGGAGUCUGGGGAUCUCUAAUUAGCAUGAAAGAAGGGUGUGGUCUUUCUGGCUCCACCUACAAUGGACAGACCUGAGCCAGUGGUAAAGACUCGAAUGAGGUCCUCACAACUGAUUCAACAAUGUGUACUGCAAUAAUAAUAAUUUUUUUAAAAAUGUUUUCUAAUUUUGUUACUUUGGUGAGAAUUACACUUUUCUGAGUUUUGCUUGUCAAGUGUUUUUAUAGAAGUAGUCACUUUUGCUUCUUUCUGAUGAGAAAUUUCAUGUAUGUCCCUAUUUAAUUCUGUAACUGUUACUUUAAAAAUGA